AUGGUCAGGCUGUCGCCAGAAGUGUGUAAUCCUGCUCAGCCAGGGCCUGCCGCUGAAGGCGUGGUGUUGGGAGUUAUUAGAGGCCAGGUUGCUGCGAAGGGCCGGCUAUGCGUCCAGACCGACUGCAGUGAGAACAAAAGCCAUGUUUCGAUCUCUUCGAUUAUUACAACCUUCCUUAACUUGCCGUCAAGCAGCUCGUGCGGCUUCCGCCAUCUUGCGGUUUUAGGCGUUGAGGUGCCGCGUGCAGGCUACAGUGCCGACGUGGGACGCUACAGGCAUAGUUCACUGUCCCUGGAACGGUAG